AGCUACAUCCCUGUGAUGGACGCUGGGUCAGACGUCACCUUCAGGUGGAGACUGGAUGACAAGAGCUCCUUUACUUUCUACAAUGACGUCUUCCACGUCCUUUACCAGUCCCCGGCUGUGUACAAGCUAUCGCUCACAGCCUCAAACAACGUCAGCAACAUCACCGUGUGCUACAACAUCACUGUGGAGGAGAUGAACAGGAUGAAAGACCUGAAGGUCUCGGAGAUCUUGACCCCUGUCCCUCAGAACAGCAGCGUGGAACUCUCGGCCACCGUGACUGUGGAUUCGGCUGUCGACGCCAAAUUCCUGUGA